GUGCUUUCUAGUUUGGUGAAUUGUGACUGGUGGUUCCAGUUCAAGCGAACUUCUGUGAACUAUUCGCAACAACGUUUUGGGGUUGCCAGAAGUAUCUGACUGACAGUGUAAGGGAUUGAUGAAGUGGAAUCCUUAUUGCGUUGCAAUGCCCAAAAAUCCGAAUCCGCAGUGGGUGCCCCCGCCACGACGGGAGCCAUUUUAUCCGCCUAUAAGAGGUGUUGUACGGCCAAGGGUUGUGCCACCAGCGAACCGGCCCGGUCGUAGGACGAACUUGCUGGAGGAGAUGAUGGAUGUCCUGCAAGAUAUUUGGGAUAAUCCCAAUUCCACGUACUUCCAAAAACCGAUUGAUGCCUUUGCCAUGGGGAUACCGGACUACCAUUUAGUAGUUCUCUUCCCCAUGGAUCUUUGCACAAUAAGGAAGCGAUUGGUGAAUAACUACUAUUGGCAGGCAGAUGAGGUGGUGGAAGACUUUGAACUAAUGUUCAAGAAUUGUAUGUUGUACCAUCCAGAGGGCUCGCCACCGUAUGUGGCAGCAAAUGAGCUGAGACACGAUUUCUACGCUAGACUAGCCUUAGUCGAUAAGAGCAGCGAGGUGGAACUGAAGCCCGGUGAUGAAAAGAAGAAGCGCAAGUCCGCGGCGCCGGAACACUCGAGUCCGCCCGUCAAACGGGCAUUGUACGAGGUGCCAACAAACAAGAGUGCCGAGCACAACGCAAAUAGCGGCGACAAUUAUGUUUUGGAUCGAUUGCAUUGCGGCCAUCUGCUCAAAACAUUACGCAGUGAAAAGUAUUCCAGAUAUACUUGGCCCUUUGACAAAGAGUACUUGACUGUUUCCAGUAAUCCGAACUACAAUGCCAGAAAGAGGGACAUACUGGAUUGGGCAGCUGUGGAAAGAAACCUUCUGAGCGAUCGCUUCAAAGGCAUUUCAGAAUUCGUGGCGACAAUGUGGAAAAUGUUUGAGAACGCUCUAGAAUGUUUCCAGCUUGACCCAAUUCAUACCUAUUCCGUGAAGGUGACUCGCGAAAUAUUUGAGUCCCUCUUGCCGCGCUAUCGAAAGCAGAUUGUCGAUGCAAAGAUGACCAACGGCGAAUAUGUCCCCCCUAACAAUGCUAUCACAUUUGAAACCCACACUACGAGCAGCUCCCAGGACCCACUCUUUUAUCUGUGCGAAGGCCCGUCGAUAAUGGAAUCCGGUACUCAAGAGCAGACUAUGCAGUCACCGAACAGUUCGUCGGAAUACAGUACCACUGAGUGCAGUGGUGGCUCCAUUAGUAGUAUGAGCAUCGAAUCAGACAACGAUUCGUCCUAUUGUGAUAAUGAAGUCUACGGUUGUGAAGCUAAUGAACUCAAACACCCAAUAACAGCACCUCGGGAUGAGGACUCCAUCCUAGAUAUGCAUAUGUGA